AUGAUGAAGAAGACAGCCACUCACUUCCUUAUAGCCAUGGCCAUCUUGGCUUCUGCAAUCUCACUUGCCUCUGCCUCCGACCCUAGCCCUCUUCAGGACUUCUGUGUUGCUAUCAAUAAUACCAACUCUGCUGUGUUCGUGAAUGGGAAGUUCUGCAAGGACCCGAAGCUUGUCAAAGCCGAAGAUUUCUUCUUUUCAGGGCUUAAUAUUCCUGGAAACACAAAUAAUAAAGUUGGAUCAAAUGUGACAACUGUGAAUGUUGAUACACUACCAGGACUCAACACUUUCGGUGUAUCCUUAGUCCGCAUUGACUAUGCACCUAAGGGACUCAACCCACCCCACACUCACCCACGCGCAACUGAAGUACUGGUUGUGGUUGAGGGCACUCUCUAUGUGGGCUUUGUCACCUCCAAUCCUAACAACACUCUCUUCACAAAGGUCCUGAAUCCAGGAGAUGUUUUUGUGUUCCCAAUUGGUCUCAUUCACUUCCAAUUCAAUGUGGGAAAGACUAAUGCAGUAGCUUUUGCUGGCUUGAGCAGCCAAAAUCCGGGGGUCAUCACCAUUGCAAACGCGGUCUUUGGAUCGAAUCCACCCAUUUCUCGAGAUGUUCUAGCCAAGGCAUUCCAAGUGGACAAGAAGGUUAUUGACAAACUUGAAUCACAGUUCUGAUCACACAACUAUUUACGAAAAAAUUAAGAUGUGGGCUAUAUUUCAAGUCCAAUCCACCAAAUGUUGUUGUGUUUGCUUAAAAAUAAGUGAAUUCCAUAUUCUGCUUUGAAAUAAAGUAAAUUUGUCAUGUACUAUCCCCUUUGUUACCAUGGUUUUCACAUAAUAGAAUCGUUUGAGGUUUUUAAUUACACUGAUAUUGUUACCAUGCUUUUUAUAUUCUGCUUGUAGUUUCGUUGUUCUUUGACCGGGAAAAAACUGGUUCUCCUUUUUUCUUUCAAAGAAAAAAAAUUAAAAAUUUUGAGUCCCAAUAAUUAUAAUAUACUGUAGAAUGAAUGAGUGUAUGUGACUGACUUAUAAAACCAAAAAAACAAAAAACAAAAAUAAACAAGCAAAAACAAAAAGAGAAAUAGAAAUUACCUGCUCAAUGGAUUAGCUUUUGGACACAUCCUUACAUUAUAGAAUUAACCAAAUCAGCGCACUAAUUAAUUCAAACUAGUAAAAGUUUAUAACCGACACUGCAUAGUCACGGUCACGAAUGCGCCACUCAGUCAUGGGUUAAUGUGGUGAUAAUUAUGAGAAAAUACGAAGUCCAUUACUUUGAUUCUUUGAAGUCAAUAGCUUAUCAGACUCAAAAAGCAAAAGAUUGUUGUAAAGGUAUAAUAAGUGAUUAUGUACUGAAAUGGCAAACAUACCCUUUUCACGCAAUAAUAGAGAGAUAUAAAGUCGUAAAUUGUAACCAUUCAAAAAAAAAAAAAAAAAGUUUGUAAAUUGUAAUGCUAAUUUCAUAAUUUAAUCUUAAUUUU